AUGCCCUACAUCCUCGACCCCGGCAACUACAUAAUCACCACUACACCGUUUUUUCACCUCAUGGGUCUUACUGUUUUCUUGCUAUCUGUUUUUCAUGAUAUUCCAUUCCUUCUUGCUCCCGACAAGCCCAUGUCAGCCGAGCUUGCGACAGAUAUACUAAACGUGGCCAAACCAACGGCCGCAAUGUUCCCACCAUCCAUUUUGGAGGAUAUGACCAAAUCUUCUGCUUCGAUGGAAGCACUCUCUAACCUGCGAUAUGUCUUCUUUGCUGGUGCACCUUUGUCGCCGGAAGCAGGAAACCAUAUUAUCGGACACACCCGCUUGAUCAACUGGAUCGGAAGCAGUGAAUCUGGCUACAUGCCUACCCUGCUUCCUGAGCACGAGGAAGACUGGACGUACUUCAAUUGGAAUCCGUCGUACGGCCUCGAGAUGCAGCCCAGGGGCGAAGGCCUCUAUGAACUAGUGAUACCGAGACCCGCUAAUAUCGAAAAACAUGCCAUCUUCCACACCUUCCCGGAAUUGACUGCCUAUAAUACCAAGGAUCUCUUUGCGCCGCACCCGACUCGGUUCGGUCUCUGGAAGUACAUUGGCCGUAAUGACGAUGUUCUUGUGCUCAGCAACGGAGAGAAGCUCAACCCGAUCACCAUGGAGAAGAUUGUCGAAGGACACCACUUGGUUUCGCGGGCUCUGGUCAUCGGCCAAAGCCGGUUCCAGACUGCAUUGCUUGUCGAGCCUAACUGGCAUCUCUGGAAUGAGACAAAGCCGGUCAAUGAACUCAUUGAAAGCAUCUGGCCUACGGUUCAAGAAGCUAACCAGGCCGGACCAGCUCACGGGCGAAUAAUGAAGAACAAGAUCGGUGUCGCUUCUCAAAGCAAACCGUUUGGGAUCACGCCCAAGGGCAGUACUAGGCGCCGGCAAACCAUCCAGGACUAUGCUGAUGAGAUCGAUGCCAUUUACAACAGCGCGGAUGAUGGGGGACCUGAAUUCGAAUUGCCCCAGGACGCUGAUCUGUCGACCGUUACGGCGUACCUGCGGAACAUUGUCUCCCAUGUCCUUGACAUCUCAAACCAGUCGGACCAAACUGAUUUCUACGCGGCUGGUCUUGACUCGCUGCAGACGAUGCACCUCAGCAACGUUCUUCGCAAAGCCUUGCAGUCUCACCAAUCCCCAGACAGCCCCCGCUCCAUCGCUUCGCAGGACAUCUAUGCGAACCCCACUGUCGAGCUCCUCGCCCGUCUCGUCUAUGGCCUGAUGCGUGGUUCCGUCGAGGGCGGCGCGUCCCGGACCGAUAAGAUCAACUCGCUUCUCGAGAAAUACACCAACGACCUUCCAGCACAGACGCAGGAUGUACACAACACGAGUGACCAGCACGCAGUCAUACUCACUGGAUCAACCGGCUCUCUGGGCAACUACAUCCUCAGCGCCCUCCUGCAGGACCCAACAGUGAUGAAGGUGUACUGCUUGAACCGCUCUGAAGCCCAGGAACGGCAAAUAAAGAGUUUUGCAGAAAAGGGUCUAACCUUCGGUCCCGACGCCCAGAACAGAGUUGAGUUCCUCCAGGCCUCAUUUGGCGCAGAGCGAUUCGGCCUGUCUGCCGACAAAUACACCGAGAUUCUGCAAAGCGUCGACACCGUCAUCCACAACGCCUGGCGCGUCGACUUCAACAUCACCGUCGACUCCUUCGAAGACGUACACAUCCGCUCCGUCCGCCGCUUCGUCGACUUCUCCCUGCAAAGUACCCACCACGCACACAUCCACUUCAUCUCCUCCGUGGCCACCAUCGGCGCUUGGAAAGCCUCCAACGGACCUGCAGUCCCCUCCGCUCCCAUCGAGAACUCUGACGUCGUCCUCCCCCAAGGCUACGGUGAAUCCAAGCACAUCGGCGAACGGAUCUGUCUCGAAUCCUCCCGCCGCUCCGGCGUACCAACCACCAUCCACCGCGUGGGCCAGAUCGCCGGUCCGACGAGCGAGAAGGGUCUUUGGUCUCGUCAGGAAUGGCUCCCUACUAUCGUCGCGACGUCCAAGUCGCUGGGUAAAGUCCCUGAUGCACUGGGCUCGACUCCCAUUGACUGGAUUCCCGUCGACUCGCUAGCAUCCAUUAUGCUGGACUUGAUCAGUACCCGCCGCGAGACACAAUCGCAUUCCGACUCCCGCUGCGCGGUAUUCAACCUCGUCAACCCCUCCGUCACAACCUGGGAUACCCUCCUUCCCGCCAUCCAAGCCGUGUACCCCGUGCAACCCGUCCCAAUUACAGAGUGGAUCCGAGAACUCGAGAAAAUCGAGAACCCGACUGCGGAGGAGAUUGUGGAGAAGCCUGCGCUCAAACUACUCGAUUUCUACCGUGGUCUGGUUGACGAUGAGGAGGGGGCGUUGUCGGUGCCGAUUGAUGUUGGUGCGACGAAGGAGGCGAGUAGGACGAUGAACUCGCUGGGAGCUAUUUCGGAAGAGUUGAUGGCGAAUUGGCUGGUGCAGUGGGGUUUUUAG